AAAAUCAAUAACUUUUUUGCAAAUAUUUAAUUGAAAACAAUUAAUUUUAACAAUAUUCAUAGAUCAAGAGAUUACAGUUGACCUUCUGCCCUCCGUUGAUGACUAUAUUUUAAAACAAUUAAAUUUACCACUAGGCGAGCAAAUCAAAUUCCGAAAUAAUUUAAAAAAUCUUAUUAGCAAUACCAAUUUGCAAGAAUCUUCAGUUGAGGUUAAGCUUUAAUAAUUAAUUGUUAUUAUUCGUUUAGAUGUUAUAUGUUAUUAUUUUUACACUGACAAAAAUUUUUUUAUACAGAAAUUUUAGAUUGAAAAUUUCAUGCGUUUUCCUUAAUUAAUUUUAGGAUUACAAUAAAUUUCAAUACUUAAUCGAAUUUAUUAUCACAGAAACAAAGUCACCAGCGUGAAUUUAGUGCGUCUAGUCUUUCGCUUGCUCCAACAGAAAUAAUUUCCACUUCCUUCGUGGAUGAAAUAAAUACUCCAUUGAAUGACGAUCCACGGCCUGCUGAUUUGGAUUCUGAUCGGAGUGAUGAGAGUCCUAUCCCCCAAAAUCCGCAAGAAAAUCAGAGACCUAUUUUCUUUAGUGAAUCGAUGACGUUAGAAGAACUUUUAAAAAAAUCCAGCUUUGGUAAAAGAGUUCUUGCUUCAUAUAAAAAAAAUCCAAAACGUAAAAAAAAUUAUGAAGGCCUCACUGAACACGAUCGGAAUAAACUCGUCGACAUAAUUAUUGAUGAUGAAAUUAAAACUAGCCUUGACAAAUGCAUAUCAGGAAAACGUUUUAUAGAAAUAGCUAACGCCAUUGUAGAGCUUUUUCCCAAAGAAAACAAGUUGACGUACAUUUUUAUCACUGAGAAUGGACAGUUUGUAGCUGGCCAUGGCAAAUUAUAUCGACGAUGGUCAAAUACGAGACGGGAAAUGAUUAAGCUUGGUUUGAUUUCCAUUAACAAAAAUAAGCGUAAGAGAAAUGAAGAUAUCGAAACUGAGGAAAGUGAAAAUGAUGGUUCGACUAUAACUUUAGAAUCUUUGAAAGACCUUGAUGUACCUUUAGAUGAAUUUUUAGUACUUUGGAAAGCUACUUUCGAGGAAAGAAGAAAUCUUUUACAAAACAAUGAUUUUGAUAUUUAUAACUAUUUGUCUGAAUUUUUCGCUUUCAAAGAUGAUAGGGGCUAUUUAUUGCUUAAACAAGAUUUUGAUACUUUAUAUCCUGAUCGAGACCAGAUUGCAACGGAAAAUUGGAGAAAAGUGGAACAAUUUUUAUAUAAAAAAUUGAUCGAUAGUGAUAUUUUUGAUGAUUCUGUUACUGACAUAAGUGAAAACGAAAAAACGGCGUUUAUUUUAACUCAUUUGGCCUUAUUAUUUGGUGUUUGUAAUGCAAUCCAAAAUAAAAAAAUUAUUAAACAUUUUCGUCCAACUCACGAAUAAAUGCAAAGAGGAUUUGUAUUACAAGUAUCAGUUGUUGGAAAUAUUGAAGCAAUAGUCAAAAGAAGAGUCGAUAAGCUUGCUCAAUAUAAGUGUACUUUACAACCAUUCAUUGUUGUUGUG